ACAGGUCAAUUUUGUAUGGCGGUUGUUGGUUGGAAAAGCAUCAGAAAAUCUAAAGAAUACAUCUAUAAUUACGUAGAUCGUGUACGUUUCGCUGAGAGCUCAUUUCCCGACUACAAGUGUCCGUCACGUGGCUCUGGUUGGCGACACAAUAAAUCCAUAUCACAUCUUGAUUUGGCCACCAGCUGUCACAGUGCAGCUGCUGGUUUAAAUCACUGGUCGUCAUCGCAUCAAACGCGCCAUCAUCAGUUGCGUCAUUCGCGUUCGUUGGACUAUAACCAUAUCGAUCGUUGCAAAGACGCACUGGACAUUGCAGAGUAUUAUUGGCGCGUCGAACCGGAACAGGAAAUUUAUGACGAAGAGGAAGAAGAAGAGGAAAUUAUAGAACCAGAACAACAUAUAGGUCCACAACAGCAGCAACAACAACAACAACAUCCACAGCAACAAUUGAAAUACGUCAGUGAACAUCAUUUAACCCAACACUAUAGAGAUUUUAAGUGUGCUGAUGAAAAUUAUCAUCAUUCUACAAAUAACAUCUAUCAAUCUACACAACAACUACAACAUCAACAACAACAGCAGCAGCAACACCAACUACAACAACAGCAGCAGCAACAUCCACAUCAACCACGUCAGCAAAACAUACAGCAGCAACAGCAACAACAUCAAUCAAACAACGUCUCAAUACAACCACCUCCACCACCACAAGCAUUCGAAUUUGCCAGCGAUUCGUGUAGUUUAAGACGAUCGCGCAGUUUAGCCGUCAUACGUGAGGAGACAUUUAGCGACCUGCAAAUUAGUUCUUCAAACGGCAGUAGACGAUCACAACUGAUACCGCGUGCUCGUUUAGUGAAUCGCGGUUAUUUUCGGGAACGUGAAAGAUUAAUUUGUGGCAACAAUAAGCAUCAUCAUCAUCACCACACAUCAAGAGAAAAACUGACAACAAAUUGCAAUUGUAACAAUAGUGCUUGCAAUACAAACACUGGCGUAGUGGGCGGACCAGUCAAUGGUUGUUACUGUCAAGAUCUAGACGAACAGAGUAACGAAAGUAUAGCCGAGACUUGUGAUUCACAUCAACAACAAUUACAAUUACUACAUCAUAAACAACAACAACAACAGCAGCAGCAACAACAACAGUCACAACAUUUACACUACCAUCCUCACUACCAUGACACACAGACUACGGUGGGAGCUGCAGCCACAACAAAUGAUUAUUAUGAACAUUUAAAACGUUUAGAUAAACUAGCACUUGGCCUUGUCACGGAACAAUUGCAUCCCUGGCACAACGAUAAAAGCGAUUUGGAAAGUUUAAAUUCUGAUUAUUUUAAAAAUUCCCUACAUCAAUCGAACGACUUGAAACAACAUCACCAGCAACAGCAGCAACAACAUUUGCAUCAGCAUCCUCACCAACAGCAGCAGCUGGAAUUUGAGACAUUUGAACAGGCGGUACAUUUGCUGGCCCAGGAGAAACCCCGCAUAUACCAAUCGAGAAGACAAAAACGUUCUAGUAAUUUAGAGAAAUCUCCGAAACUAUCCAAUUCCACACCGGCCAGUGGUGGCGAAUCUUGUCCGGAGAAUAGCCAGAGUAGUGUAUUUCCCGAGACCACCACCAGCAAUUCGGAUGAUCAAACCGAUAGUGCUUCAUUGUCCGAGCAGGAGUAUGAUAUAACAAAAAUCGAGGAAAUUUUUCAAAAGACUCAAAUCGAGGGUGAUGAAGAAAGUUACGAAAUCAUAAGCUUGACAACAACCACACGUACCCGUUUCGAAACUACCGAAGACGAGGCAGAAGAUCCGGAAGAGGAAGAAGAAAGGGAACGCGACAGAGAUCGUUUUCUGGAGGAACAAAUUAAUACACAUAGAUUUCGUAGUGAAUCGGAUGCUAUAUCCCGGGAAGGCGAAGAGCAAGAAGAGGAAGCUGACGAUACCGAAGAAUCAAAUAGACACACUACCACAGAUACUGAAAUUGAGGGCACCCUAAAGAGAGCCCGGGCAAGUGAUAAUUUACAAAAGAUUAUAGCCUAUGACUCGGUGUAUCUAUCAUCUGAGGAAAGUUCCGAUAGCACACUAAUUGAUGUAGAUGCAUGUGAUACUUCCUUAGAGGUAGCCAGUUUAUGCACCUGUAUAGAUGAGGUAGAGACUCUGCUGCAUAUUUCCAUAGAGGACACUAUCUACGAGCCUCUGGCUAAGCAACAUAAAUUUGAAGUGAAUUGUAAUAGUCAGGAUUCGCUAUUAACACAACCAGAAACCGUUAGUUUUGUGGAGACAGUAAAUACCAAAAUCGAAAUCUUAGAUCAUUUGCCAGACGAUUUGAAUGUGGACGAUAUUAAACCCAUAUAUACGCAAAUUCUUAAAAUUGAACACACUCCCUGCUCCAGUAGUCUGCAACAACAACAACAUAGCACUUGCAUACCGGCUGGUGUUACCUCAAGUGCAGCUAGUAAACCAAAGAUUUUAUCGGUUGUUGAAAAACGCAAACUAAAACGUUAUUCUGACUCUGCCUAUUCCUCCAAUGUUAGCGAUUCAUCGGACAAAGCUCUAACACCACCCACAACAGACUCAUCAUCUGGCUGCUCAGCGUACACGCAACACGCCAGUCAUUUCAAACGUCAAGUGGCGGAACCUCUUUACAUACCUUUAAAAACGAAUCUUAGUGAUAAUCAAUAUCACAGCUUGCCUGACGUCAACAUCGGCCAAAGUCUUAAGGUCUCCGAAAGCAUUGAUGCGCAACUGAGGUCAUCAUAUAAUUUAGAUAAUUGCUGUUCUGAGGAAGACGAUGCGGUAGACGAUUGUGAUUUACAGCACGAAUCUGCUCACACGUCUACAUUGUUAGUUGAUAAUCAUUGUAUCAACAAUAGCACUAGUAAUAAUAAUUGUAAGACACGUGAGGAAGUUGUUACUUCUGAGGAGAUUUAUGAUUCCAUAAAACGUUUUGGCAGAGCUCAUCAACAGUUUAAGCAGAAACAGAGUGAAGAGGACCACCAGCAACAGCAGGAGGAUAAGGAAGAAUCUUGGGGUUCAGAGAAUUCAUUUGAAAUUGAAGAGGAUAAAGAUACAACUCCAAUACCGCAGCUUGAAAUAGCUGAAAAUUAUAACGCCGAACAAACACAAACUUCAGAGCCAACCGCUGAAAUAAAUCAACAAUCAAACCUUAGACAAGAAAUUGAAUUGCCCACGGAACAAAAUCCGGACACCACAAAAUCUUCCCCAUCCUAUUCUCCCCAACAACAAAGCUACGACAGUUUGGAGAAAUCCAAAGACGCGCCUGGCAUUGAAAUAGAAAACUUCAGUCAACAAAUCGAGCGUAGAGCCAAAGAAAUACGUGCAAGUGGUAGACGCACUCAAUUGCAACAAAUUGAAUUUGCCAAUCGAGCCAAAUUUCGUUUAGAAAAUACUUUAAGUCAAUACGAAGAUAUACAAGAAGAAACCAAAGAAACUAAAUACAAUAAAUUACAAAAGCAAACAAGCAAAAAUUCGCUAUUCCGCAUAGUGGUAACGGAUGCCCAAAACAAUAUUAUAGAAGAAGAUUCCAUAGAGAGUUUGGAGACCAAAGAAAUAAAAAGAGAAGAGGAAAAGGAAAAUUUCAAUUUGCAAAAUAACAAAAAGAACAACAAUAGAUUAGAAAACACGGAUGAGCUGUUAAUGGUGAGAUUUUCAAAGGAGCGUCUUAAAGAAAAGCCAACAACCACUGGAAGUUUGAGUAAUAGAUCCAGCGGUUCUCUUAAGAGAGUACCUUCGAAACACAAGAGACAGCAAUAUCCUACAACUGCUACUACAGCCAACGGCUCAAGUCCACAUUUGAGCAUAGCAGAGGCCAAAAAACUUUUGCUAUCACCCAAGUCCAAGGAACGAAGGGUGCUUAGUAAUCAAAUUUAUAGAGCAAGACCUGUUAAGGUUAUAACAACCACAACAACGACCACCACCACAACAACAACAGACUCAUUUCGACGCAACAAAGUCAAGCAUCAAAGCAACAAAAUGUCGCGGCCACAAAUUUUACAAGUCAUCGACAACAAGCGUAAAUUAGAAAGUGGCUUAACAGUAAAUGGCAACCCAACAACGGCUGGUAACCCAAUAACAGCAACAACCACAACAUUUAAUGCCAACCAUAUAUUCCACAAUAAUGGAGAAGGCAGUCAGGUGGAAAACGAAUAUUUGAAAAAGGUUGAUGCUGUACGUUGUUAUUGGUCCAAAUUGGUAAAUAGUGAUUUAGAGCAGCAACAACAACAGCAGCAGCAGCUACAUGAGGCAGACGACGAACGAGAGGAGGAAGAAGAAAAAGAAAAGGAGCCAGUUUACUGCCAGGACGAAAAGAAACUUUUGAAACAAAAACCAGAAGUUGUAAAUGAACAACAGCAGCCAGCAGAAUAUAAAGAGCAAAUAUCUUAUACGAAACAAUCAAAGAAAACAAAUGACACGGAAAAUUUGAAUGAAUCUCAGCCACAACAGCCAACUCAACUAAAACACCAGGAGCAUCAACGUUACGAAGAAAAAAAGCAAUUUAUUUUAGGUGCACAGUCGACAACUGCUUCAGAUGAAGUAGACAACCGAGUGCAUGUAAGAAAUGUAGCAGCCAUGACAUCAGGUGACAGCCACAACAAGACGUUGGCAAACAAUAGCAGCAGCCAACAGCACCAGCACCACCAAGAUGACUAUUGCAGUUUUAUGCCCUCCAUAGAAAUAGUCGAAUUAGAUGGUGACAAAACGGCCACCAUCGUUAGUGCGGUGCCAUCGAAUCUAUCGUCGCUAGGUGGCAAUGAGGCCAACGAUGCGGAUAUCGAUGACGCCAAUGAGCCACAAUUCGAUCAUAUACGUUACAAAGUUUUGAAAUCACAACAACUGCUGCGCAGCAAUGUGUUGGCACGCAACAAAAAGGAGGCACAAUUCGAUGGUCUCAUUCAGUACUUGCAGGAAUACAGUUUCCAAGAGUUGUUGUCCAACAACAAUGUAGUCAUUGUGGAGCCAGUGCGCACUAAAAUUGAAAGGCCAAGUGGUACACACAAUACCAUAACCGGCCGUCUGACAAAAGAUGCCUGUGCAACAAAGGCAUCAUCAUCCACAUCAACACAACAUGCACCAAAUGAGGGCAAACGAAAGCAACGUAAUGCCAGUGGUGGCAAUACAAAACUAAAUGCUCAUGGUAGCGGAAGUGGUUGUGGUGGCAGUGGCAUAAAACGACACUUUUUCUAUCAACCCGUACGAGUAAAUCGUGAAUUAUAUGAAGAGGAAUUGCCAAAUCCAGAUACAGUAAGAAAUGUGCGUAAAUUUUUCGAAGAACACAUAUUGCCAACACCAGGUCAAGGACUGUUAACAAAGGCCAGUCAACAGCACGAGCAAAAACAACAGCAACAACCGAAUGGCGCCAACAAAACAGCGACUAAACAAACAAGUCCUAAAUCACGUAGAGCUAGAAAAUAUCGUUACCUCACCAUAGACACCUCCUAUGGACAUGCAACUACAGCAGCCGCUGCAGCAACAGCAGCUAAACAAACCAUAAAUUCACCACAACGAAAAUGGGAUACGGCCAGUCUAUCGAGCGGUAUUUCCAGUGGUGAUUUGUCAUCGCCAUGUGAAUGCAACGACAUGGAAAAUAACCAAAAACAUACUGAAACAAUGCCAACAGCGGUCAGCAACAACAAUGCCAUGCCUCAAAAGGAACUGGAAAGUAAUGAGCAAAACUUAACCUCCCAAGAGGCAGAGGAUUAUGAAGCUACAAAACCCAUACAUGUCCAGGAUUUGGUAAGGAAACAUAACAGCACUAACACUGUAAGAAAACCACGUACAUCUGCUUUUGGCGUACCAGUACGUUCAUCGGGCAUACGUCCUCGUAGCGCCAUCUAUGGAUCGCUACACAAAAGUUCCAAGUCCAGUAAUUAUCGUGACAUUUAUGAAUAUCACAUCAAGCAUGCCUACCACGACUCCGAUGAUCAUGAGGCGGCCGAUGAUGGUGACGCUGAUGAGGAUGAUGAUGAUAAUGAUUUGUUUGGUGAUGUGGAGGACGACGAGGAUGAGUUGUGUGAUACGUACUAUGUCAGUAAUGAUGUUUUGCGUAAAAUACGUGAAUGUGGUUCUUCCGUUACCUAUUACGGUGGUCGUGUUGUACAAACAACCUCUACGUCUGCGGCUGCUAAUCCACUAGAAAGUUAUGGUUGUGGCAACAAUGGACACAAUUUCAAUAAUACAAUUGCCAACAAUGCAGCAACAACAAUGUCCUUAAAAAAUCCCACAAUGAUGACACAAACCCAAACGAGGGCUAGAGUUCGUGAAAUUGAAACUUGCUGUAAUAAUGCUGCAGCUGCAGAGGGUGCAGCAGCAAUAUGCUCCAUGAAAACCACUAAUAAUGAAUGCCAUUUCCAUGGGAAACAAUUAGAACAAAAGAAAUUUCACUUAAUAAAGAACGAUAAUGUGGCGAACAAUGGAGCCAAAACCAUGACAACGCCAACAGAUGAAUACAACCAAAAUAAUAAUGUGAAACAUAAAGCUCAAGGUUAUAGAGGAGUAGGAGGAGGAGCAGGUGAUAAGGCGGAUCAUAAUGGAGGCGGUGGCAUAACAUUUAAACUUGUUAAAUCAAACAGUUGUAGCAGUCGUUUGGAAUUGGCUGGUGCCACAGACAAUGAGCCCGAAGAAACGGAAGUUGUGCGAAAAAUGGUACAUCAUUUUGAGGCAACAAAAACCAACACUAAUGCGAAUAUGACAACGAAAGGCAGUAGCAGUGGCAGCAGCAGCAACAAUGAGACAACAUUAACAAUAAACCAUCAAACAUGUCAAGAUAAUGAAGUGAGCGGCAACUACAAGCAUAAAGCAAAUGAUGAAGUUUACGCUCAAAAUGCUACUCCGGUUAAAAGAGAAGGUCAGGUCAUUGAGGAAAAGAAUCACGAUUGUGGCAUUAAACUAGUAACUGUAAAUAAUCACAUCAAUAUUGCUAAAGGAAAUUUAACAGAGUCCUCCUCUGCAGCAAAUGAUUUGAUAAAAACCAGCAAAAGAAAUGUGAACGAAGAAUUUCAGGAACUUCAGCAAGAGGAAGUUGAAAAGAAAAUGGAAGAACAGAAAAUGUAUCAUAGUGAAGCUAAAGAUAUACAUUUGGAUAAUAGCAGUGGAGGCCGAAGAGAUGCUGGCAAUGGUAAUGUUAAUGGGGGAACAUGUGUGAAAAUAUGCCGUAAUAAAAAUGUCGAUUUGGCAUUUACUUUUGUUAAGCAGCAGCCAGCUAAAUCCUCUGGGAUCAACCCUGAAAUUGCCAAAAAUAUCACACAUAUUGGAAAAGAAAUGAAUUUACAGGAGGAACAAGUCAACAAAGAUAAAGACAGCCUGUCGAAGAAAUUGGUGACAUAUGAAAACACGCUGUUACCCACAAUAACAGCAACAACAAAAAUAAAACAUAUACAGAAUAAAAUGUCAAUGGGGGAUUUGAAAGUUGAUGAAGCACAAAACAAAUCGAACACAAAAAUAACAAACUCAUCAAACUCUAAUACAUCCUCUGCUACACACAAUAAACCAGCACAAAUAAUUGUGCCCGUUGAAAUCCAUCGUGUUGAUACAGCCAAGGAGCUGAAGAAUAUAGAUAAUAUGGCUACUUACAACGGCACAACUUCAACUGCUAACACCACCUCUGCAGCACAAUGCUGCAAAAGUGGUGUCGAUGAGAAAUCAUUUUUGCCACUGAGCACCACAUCGAGUGUUACAUCCGUUAUUGAUAAAACAGUUGUCAAACAUUAUGUGGCCAAUGAUAAAAGUAUCUAUGAGAAGCGUAAAUAUGAUGACAUUGAAUUUGAGGAAUUUGAAAUCUAUGAUCCAACCAAAGAUUUUGAAAAGUUAAUUGAAGAAGAGCAGAAACGUAAUAAUUCUGAAACCCACUCCACAGCCACCUCCCACACUACACAACAAAUCAAUAACCAACAACAUUCAACGACCUCAUCCUUGUCUUCCAACACGUCAAAGGCCUCAGCAACAUCAUCAAUGGCCACUGCAAAUAGUCAACAAACUGUGGCUUCCACGGAAACGGAAACAGAUUGUUAUGAUAGUCUAGAUGACAAAUUAUAAAAUGAAGAGAUUGAAAGAGAUGGAGGCAGCAAGUAGACAUAUUGAUACUCAAACAUGAAAUGGAAUGCCAGUAUCAAUAAAACUAAAUGAACAGCUCAACUAUCUAGGAAUACUUUCUGGGUUUUAUUUUUCUUCUUACAAUUAAGUUUUUGUUAUUUCUUGUUUUUCUUCCUUAGAAUUAUUAAUACAAAAAUAAUAAAUUAGAAAAGUUUUGUGAAAAAUUCUCAAUCUGGUGCAACGAUAUUAAAUGUGUAUUUUGGUGUAGGGAUUUAUUUUUGUUUAAAUUAAAAUUGUAAUUAUUAAAGAAAGAAAUAUAUAUUUUGCUCAUUUGUUUUUUUUUUAUUUUUUAUUUUGUUGUAUCUGAAUGUCAAACAUAAAUUGUUGUUAUUAAUUUUAAAAUGUUUAAUAUUAUUUUAAUGUAUUUUAAAUUUUAGUCUUAAGCUGAAAAUUACAUGUCCUAAUAAUAUGAAAUCUUUAUACUGCAGACAAAAGUAUAUUCGAAUAAAUUAUAUUAUUAAAUUAAUAAAUUGUGAUUUUUU